AAGAUGAGCUGGAGUUUCCUGACGCGCCUCCUUGAGGAGAUCAACCAGCAUUCAACUUUUGUGGGGAAAGUGUGGCUCACUGUGCUGAUUGUCUUCCGCAUUGUGCUGACUGCUGUGGGGGGCGAGUCCAUCUACUAUGACGAGCAGAGCAAGUUUGUGUGCAACACCCAGCAGCCAGGCUGUGAGAACGUGUGCUAUGAUGCCUUUGCUCCGCUUUCGCAUGUCCGUUUCUGGAUCUUCCAGAUCAUCUUGAUAUCCAUGCCCUCUGUAAUGUACCUGGGCUUUGCAUUGCACCGACUCUCGCGCCAGCCUCCUCAGAAAAACAGAGUGCCUGUGGUGCGACGUGGCACAGUCCGUGACUAUGAGGAGAAGGAGGACAACGGUGAGGAAGACCCCAUGAUUUUUGAGGAGGUGGAGCCAGAGAAAGAGGUGAAGGCCACCAAGGGCCAGAGACAUGAUGGCCGUCGGCGCAUCAAGGAUGAUGGGCUGAUGACAGCAUAUGUGCUGCAGCUGCUGUGCCGCUCUGCAUUGGAGGUGGGCUUUCUGCUGGGGCAGUAUGUGCUCUACCGCUUUGAGGUGAACCCCUCGUACGUGUGCAGCCGGAGCCCCUGCCCCCACACUGUCGAUUGCUUUGUCUCCCGUCCCACUGAAAAAACAAUCUUCCUCCUCAUCAUGUAUGCUGUGAGCGGCCUUUGUUUGUGUCUCAAUAUCUGUGAGCUGUGCCACCUGGGUGUGGGCGGGAUCCUGGACGCCUUCCGGAGCUCUGGCAAGGAUACCAGUGCGGCUCCCAGGCACCCCUACGGCCAAAAGGAUCCCAGCGCACCCCCUACUUACCAUUCUCUCAAGAAGGAGUCCUCAAAGAGCCAGCUAGCCAAGGACAAACUGGCCUAUGGUGGAGAGAGCUUGGCUGGCGGGGCGACGGAACGCUACACUGUUCCACCAGGCCUCCCGAGCCAUGAACUGGAACGGCUGCGGAAGCACCUGAGGAUGGCGCAGGAGCACCUGGAAAUGGCCUUUCGCCUCCAGCCGCUGGACACUGCCAGCCCCUCGCGUAGCGGCAGCCCCGAGUCAAACGGCCUGGCUGCCGAACAGAACCGUCUCAACUUGGCACAUGAGAAGGAAGGAGCAGCCUGUGAGCGAACGACUGGUCUCUGA